UGCCGCCCGACGGGUUCCAUCCUCUUUGCUGCAUAGACUGUAACGGUGAUGGCGGGAGGACAGUGUGGCUGGAGCCGGGCGGCUCUUCUCCAGCUCCUUCUUGGGGUGAACCUGAUGGUGAUGCCACCCGUCCAGGCCCGGACUCUGCGCUUCGUUAACUUGCUGUACCGACAUGGAGACCGAUCGCCAGUGAAGACAUAUCCCAAGGACCCCUAUCAGGAAGAUGAAUGGCCCCAGGGGUUUGGUCAGCUAACCAAGGAGGGGAUGCUACAGCACUGGGCGCUAGGCCAGGCCCUGCGGCAGCGCUACCAUGGCUUUCUCAACACCUCUUACCACCAGCAAGAGGUUUAUGUGCGAAGCACUGACUUUGACCGUACUCUCAUGAGUGCUGAAGCCAACCUGGCUGGACUUUUCCCUCCCAAUGAGAUGCAGCGCUUCAAUCCAAACAUCUCUUGGCAGCCUAUUCCCGUCCACACUGUGCCCAUCGCCGAGGACAGGCUGCUGAAGUUCCCAUUGGGCCCAUGUCCCCGUUACGAGCAGCUACAGAACGAGACCCGGCAGACAAGAGAGUAUCAGAAUGAGAGUAUUCAGAAUGCACAAUUUCUGGAUAUGGUGGCCAAUGAGACGGGGCUCACGGACUUGACACUGGAGACCAUUUGGAACGUGUAUGACACACUUUUCUGUGAGAAAACACAUGGGCUGGUCCUGCCACCCUGGGCCUCACCCCAAACCAUGCAGCGUCUGAGCCAGCUAAAGGACUUCAGCUUCCGCUUCCUCUUCGGGAUCUACAAGCAGGCAGAGAAGGCCCGGCUUCAGGGGGGAGUCCUGCUGGCUCAGAUACGGAAGAACCUGACGCUGAUGGCAACCUCUUCCCAACUCCCUAAGCUGCUAGUUUACUCUGCGCAUGAUACCACCCUGGUUGCUCUGCAAAUGGCAUUGUCUGUCUACAAUGGUAAACAAACCCCAUACGCCUCCUGCCACAUAUUUGAACUGUACCAGGAAGACAAUGGGAAUUUCUCAGUGGAGAUGUACUUUCGGAAUGAGAGUAACAAGGCCCCCUGGCCGCUGAACCUGCCUGGCUGCCCUCACCGCUGCCCACUGCAGGACUUCCUGCACCUCACAGAGCCUGUUGUGCCCAAGGACUGGCAGCAGGAGUGCCAGCUGGCAAGUGGUCCUGCAGACACAGAGGUGGUCGUGGCCUUGGCCGUGUGCGGCUCCAUCCUCUUCCUUCUCGUGGUGCUGCUGCUGACCGUCCUCUUCCGGAUGCAGGCCCAGCCUCCUGGCUACCGUCAUGUUGCAGACGGGGAGGAUCAUGCCUGACAACCACUCGGCCCCCUUCCCUCUGCCUCCUAGGGGAGGUGGGCUCGGCCCUCACUCCUGACUGUUGCUGCUCCCCAGCCCACGGAACUGGAGACCCUGGGCUGGGCGUCCCUCUGAUUACCCCAACCGAGAUGAACAAGUGGGACUCAGCUGGCCCAUGGCACCUGUCACUCAAUGUUCAUGUGCCCAAUGUCUGCCAAGUACUGUGUUGGAUAUGGGCUCUCCCCAAAUAGGAUUUGCCUCCUCCAUGCUCCCUAAGGACCUGAAAUGUAGACAGAUAUCCAAGUUUCACUCCAGAUCUGGGAUAAAAAACACUGAAGGAGUUGGUGCUUCAUCUGCUUUGCCCCCCACUUCAAUCAAGACCUCUUUCUCUUCUAGCCCAGAGUCUUUGACAAAUGGCUCAGAAGACACAGUCUUGCCUCUCAGUGCUUAUUUUACUGGGGAAAACUGCAUAACAUUGGGGGCACAAAUACUGGCCACCAAGGAACCAGAUCACCCAACAGCCAGCCAAUCAAGUUUCCCUUUGUCUAGCUGAAGCCACCAUUAGAGUCAGACAUAGUGCCUCAGGCAUCCUGGUGACCCUGUAGCUUGAGCAGGUCAAAAGGGUGUUUGUAUUUGGGAGGGAGUUGGGGGAGGUGGGAGGAGAAUGAGUGGUGGUACAGUCAUGAAACUGCUACCCCUCUCAGCUGGGUUGGGGUCUCCAGGGAUGUGAGGUAAGUGCAGGUGGUAAGCUGGACUGCUGUUGACUGUGGCCCACAGUAGGGCUGAAGUAGCUUGAGAAAAAUGAAAGUUUUGGACUCUUA